CAUGGGGACCAGCGGCGCGGACGUCGAGCGGGGAUGGAGCGCGCACGGAGAGACCUGAGCGAAGUUUAUUCCAGACUGUUUGAUCACAGGCCCGUCGUGCAGGCAGAAAUCCGCUAUUUUGUAAAGGAGUUUGAGGAGAAGCGUGGAUUUCGAGAAGAAAGAGGGCUUGAAAACGUGGACAGUACGAUCAAGGAAUUCAUCACGCAGUCCUUUCCAGAUGUCUGUGAGGACCUGGGCAGCAGCAUUCCCACCGUUCUUCCCCGAUUGGAAGCUGCAAUCCAAAUUACAAACAGAAUCCAACAGAAGGAGCAGGAGGCAGAUCAGGUACAGAAAAAAAGCCUGUUGGCCACGAGCUGUCAGCACAAGUUUGGAAAUAUCAACAUGUGUUUGAAUGCGUGUUGCACUUUAUGUUGCCUUCAGAGUGACCGGCUGCAAGCCAGCAGAGAGAGGCGCAAGGCUGAAUGGGAGGCCUUUGUGAAAGAGCAGCAUCGCAAAGCUGCAGAGGUGGAGGCAGAUCACACAAAAGCGGCUGAAUGGCUGAAGCAACAGUAUGCAGCGAUGGAGAAGGACUUGGCAAAGUUUACCACAAUCUGAGUGAUCCUCAAAUGCUGCUCUUUCCUGACCAAGACCGGAUUGGAUGACCGGACCAUGGUGCUUAUCACUGAAGCUGCAGGAAAGAACAUUGAAAUUAAGUUAUUCCAUUCUGCAUUUAGUGUGAGAGAGGCUGCAAUAUGUUAUGUUUAUGAAUGUUUUUUCGAUGGAGAAAAUUAUACAGCAAAUUUUCCAUCACUCUGCAACAGCAAAGCUGUAAACAGUUACAAAUCACCUGGGCAAGCCGUGUGACAAUGUUUUUAUAAAAGCCUUAUCAGUGCCAUGCUUCAAUGCUUUGUGAUUACUGGCAUAACGCUACUGAUAAUAUGUAGGUGGUGAGAAAUGAUGGACUGGCAUUUUGUUUAAAGCAUUUAGGAAUUUGACAUGCUUCUGCCAAUCCACGCUAAAGUGUUCUGUUAAGUUAAACCACACUUAUCUCAAUUCCACGAGAAAGCUUUGCAAUUUGGAGAGGUGAAAAACUGUGUGAAUUCAUGAGUUAGUGUCAAAACACAUUCUUGGCAGCGUGCUGAAAUAGUAAUAAAACCGCUGGAGCAGAUGAAAUAAAUAUUUUAGACUGGU